AUGGAGGGCAUCGAAACCACUCAAGCUGUAGUGGCCAUGGAUUUCUCCGAUCCCGAUAUCGAACCUUGCACCGAAUCUACUGAGCACGCUACUCCCACCAAAACCGACGAACCCUCUGCUUCACCCGCGCCCGAGUCCAGCGCUUCUUCCCCUACUACCGAAGCCGAUGACAAACAGGAUACCAUCAGCAAGAUCAUCGAAGUGAAAAAGACUAGACCUACCCUCCACGUGCGGGAGAACCUCAGCUACUGGAAGUGUAACCAGACCCUCCAGGACGGCAGCACCUGCAGUUCCUACAACGUGAUGGAGUUUAAGCAGUGUAAGGACUGCAAGAGCCGACGCGGAGUUGGAGACGACGGCACCGAUGCCUACGGUACUAAGGUUGCUAAGAUCGUCCACGUCGACAACAAGAACGGAGAUGAGUACUGGCAGUAUCUCAUGGAGGAAUAG